AUUUCAUUUUUUGUUCAUUUUCUCUGUUAACAUUUUGAAUAAUUAAUAACAUUCGUUAAAAAAUUGAAGUUUCGAAUAACUUUUUUUCUACAUUUGUUAAUCACACUUUGAAAAAUAUUUUUCUAUUUUUCUUAUCUUUUUACAUAAAAAUGGUUUAUUUGCGAUACUUUAUUUUUUUUUACUUUAUAAUUCUUCUAUGCUACGAAGCAAAUUCUGCCGAAGUUACCUUACGUUGUCUCAUCUUUCUAGAAGAAAAUGACACAUCAGCCCAAAGUGUUAGUGUUGUUAAAGUUGACGACGACCAACACGUUGACAAAAUCAAAUGGGAAAUUAAAAAGAAAUGGCCGAGACUUGAAAAGUAUAAUCCCGACCAAAUUACACUUCGUAAAAUGAAUGAUAAAAUAACUACGAAAAAGUUAAUCACUAGUUUCUACAAUGAUAAAGUGGAAAGAGGGGUUGAAAUGAUUCCAGUGAAUUCCAUUUCUGUUUACUUCCCAGAAGGUUCUCCUAUGGAUUGCGAAAAUUGUAUUGACAUCGCGGUGUAUUUGAGGAGGGAAAAGAGGGAUGAACUGUAAAAUCAUAAAUAUAUUUUCUUUUGUUUUGUCUUAGCUUGAAUUUUAUAUUUUUUGUCAUUUUUCACAGAUAUUUUCAUUGUAUAAUUUAUAUAAAUAG